GAUUUCAUUGGCCGCCAGCUCUAUGAUUACUUUGUAGCAGCGGAUUUCAGUUGGUGCCCGGUACGGUAUAGUAUAGUGCAUCUACGAAUUUACGUUUCUGUGUUUGCGUUGCUGUCAAUCUCAGCAGCUGGAAGGCUAUACUCCUGGAUUAUCUGAAACUACGGUAUUGUCAUUUAGUUUUGUGAGCUUUUUAUAUUGCGUUUGUAUACGCAUUGGACCGUAUGGAGGGAUGUCGCGAUGAUGGUCUGCUCUAGGAGAACCAAAACUUUGGUGUCGACAUGCGUAAUUUUGAGUGGCAUGACCAAUAUUGUCUGUCUUCUCUACGUCGGCUGGAUCACUAAUUAUGUGGCCAAUGUGAGCACCAAAGUCUCAGAGCCAGAACCGGAGAGAAAGUUUGAAGAUGACAACAAGGGAGAAACUCUGAAGAUUAUAGAGCGACUGGACCGACUGGAAAAUGUGGUCAACCAACACAUUCAAGAGGUGCCCCAGAAGGGUAGUGAUGAAAAAGUAGGGGAGUCCCUCUCAGACUCCUCCCUGUUUGUCCGCUGGGGUCAUGACCUUGGUCCUGAGAGUCGUCGUGUGGCGCUGCAGAAGUUCCAGUACUACGGCUACAACGGUUACCUCAGUGACCGCCUCUCUCUGGCCAGACCCAUCCCAGACCUCAGACCUGAUGGGUGCAGAAACAUGUCGUACCCCACCAAUCUCCCACAAGUAAGUAUCAUAUUUAUCUUUGUGAAUGAGGCCCUGUCGGUCAUCCUGCGUUCCAUCCACACAGCCAUGAACAGGACUCCCUCCCACCUCCUCAAGGAGAUCAUCCUGGUCGACGACAACAGCAACAAUGCUGAGCUGAAGGAGAACCUGCAGAACUUUGUGAAGGAAACCAACUCCCAGCGGCCAGACUUCAUCAAGGUGGUCCGCCACGACAAGCAGGAGGGGCUGAUCCGCUCCAGAGUCAGUGGGUGGAGGGCCGCCAGCGCCCCUGUCGUUGCCCUGUUCGAUGCCCACGUGGAGUUCAACAUUGGAUGGGCCGAGCCCAUUCUUCUCAGGAUCAAGGAAGACAGAACGCGCAUCGUCUCGCCGUCGUUUGACAACAUCAAAUAUGACACGUUUGAGAUCGAGGAGUAUCCACUGUCUGCUCAGGGCUUCGACUGGGAGCUGUGGUGUCGCUACCUGAACCCACCCAAAGCCUGGUGGGCCCAGUACAACCACACCGCCCCUAUCAGGAGCCCAGCUCUUAUUGGCUGUUUUGUGGUGGACAGGAAGUACUUUGAGGAGAUUGGCCUAUUGGAUGAGGGAAUGGAGGUCUAUGGUGGAGAGAAUGUGGAGCUUGGCAUCAGGGUAUGGCAGUGUGGAGGCAGUGUGGAGGUCCUGCCCUGUUCUCGGAUAGCCCAUAUCGAGCGUGCUCACAAGCCCUACACUCAAGAUCUGACUGCUCAUGUGCGACGGAAUGCGCUUAGGGUGGCUGAGGUGUGGAUGGACGAGUACAAGAACCACGUUUACAUGGCCUGGAACAUUCCUCCACAGGACUCAGGGAUUGACAUAGGGGACCUCACGGAGAGGAAGGCUUUGAGGAGCAGACUGCAGUGUAAAUCUUUCAGCUGGUUCUUGGCGAACAUCUACUCAGAGAUGAGAACCUACAGUGACACUGUUGCUUAUGGAGUGUUAAAGAACAUGCUGAGGAGUGACCUGUGUCUAGACCAGGGGCCUGACUCAGACAACAUCCCCAUCCUGUACCUCUGUCACGGGAUGACACCACAGUUACAUUCCAAUCUUCAAUACUACUGAGCCCAGAGGCAGUGUGUUUUACGACCGCCAUAAAGCGGGAGAGAGAGAGGGCACUGUAGAGCGGACCCACUGCAACCUGAUCCUUCAGAUCUUCACAGGAGAGUUAUGACAGUGGUGAAUGUCAUUGACCAUGAACCAGCAACCAAUCAGAGUGAUGGCUUGUCUACUAUGGAGGAGGUAGAAGAGUAUUUCCUUUGGGAACGGAUGGACUGCUAUGCCACCAGGAAAUUCCUCGCCUCCAGUAGCGAUGUGUGGGUAAAAUCUCUGGGGAAGCCAAGCCAGAAAAAAAGCCAUAUUACAACCUGUGUUGUGAAAAUUGCGUUGUUUGCUUUGUAACCUGUUAGACCUAUAUCACGGUGGCAAGGCAUAUGAACUAAGGCCCAGACAAUAAUACGACGCAGUGGCAGAAUAAAUUCAACCACACCUUUUUUGUUUCAUCACAAAACCAGAAGGCAACCUAUGUUCGGUGAAGUCCACAAAGCAAUUAGCUUUUAACAAAGUUACUUGACCUUCUGCAUGGUCAAGCAAGUUAAUGUUACCCCCUAAAAUACACCUUUUGAUUUUGUUCAUUUUAAGACCUAUUGUUUGGAACAACGUACUCUACAAGUACAUUACAUUUCCAGAAUGGGCUCUGUGCUAAUUCUGAAGUUAUGAAAAAUGUUAUUAGCACUACCAACACAGUGAAUGGUAAAUGUAUUCAAAGGGAAGUCUCUCUGCUGGUGAUUUGCUGACUGUGCAAUCCUAAAGGAGGCUUGUGAUUGGUUAAUUACCUAGUAUGUACAUUUCUAUGUAUAAAAUGGGUUACAUCAAUAAAAGUACCAGAGAGCUCUCCCAGGAAAUGUGGUGUUUGAAGAGUAUGUUCCAAAUAUAAUUUCUUUAAGUAAGAAAUAUCAAAAAGGGUCGUUUUAUGAUAUUCAUAUUUUUAUUGAAUAAAUUAAUGUGAACGUUUUUAUUUCAGAAUCUAGACAAACUCCAUAUUUGAGAACAUUAUAAGGAGUAUAAUGACACCAAGAUGUUGUCUGUAUAAUGUACGGUUCACGGAUCAUAAGGUCUUAUAGGAGGCAUGUAUAUACAGGAGGUCUAAAAAAAAAUACCUAAAAUGGCCACUUAAAAAAAUCUGAUGUAUGGUUUGUGAUGCAAAUGUAAAAAGCAUGUCUAACAUCCUUCCACCCAAUUAAGUUUCUAUGUGAGAAUUGCUGAAACAACAUUCUGAGAUACCAAAAAUAUUUUUUUUGCUCCGGCUGGCAUGGAGUCGCCCCAUUAGAACUGGUGUUACCUAGGAGACCAGACCCUAGACUGUGUGGAGAUAUGGAGAAAAUCCCAAUUGGCACUGCACUGGGUGGGAGAAACCUUUUAGGGAUCCAUAUUUCUUAUCAAUGAGCACUCUACAGAUUACUGCAGAGUGAAGGGGAGACCUAACUGCAGAAAAAACACUGAAAGAAAUGUGUAAUUCUGUCUUGACUGGUUUGAUCUAUACUGUAGUACUACCUAAGGUGGUAUCAAGGCACAAGGUGAGACCCAAAUGCAGAAACAGGAGGCAGAUGGUUGGAGUCUUACAAUGUUUAUUAAUCCAAAGGGGUGGUUGUUUUCAGUCAUCUGUUACACUUGUUGUAAGUUACUUUGGCAUCUUUGCUAAUUAUUGCAUUGAUAUGAUAUCUGUGUGAAAUCAGUUUCAUAAUGAAGGAUUGAGAGUUGGCUCGGAUAAUUGACAGCACCAUCUCUUCCUUGCCUAGCAUAUGAACAGAAACGUGACUGUCAG